AGAGAGUACGGACAGCGGCCAGCCGCCUUCAAAAAUGGCGUCUCCGGAGGAAAAUUUGUAAAAGAUAUUAAAACGCGGCCCGUUUUUUUUACACUUCCUCGUUCGGUAUUUAUGUUUUAUUUUUAUUCUGCAUCGUGCGUUCCGCGCUGAAGGGCCGAACCCGUCGUCCCUUUCUCUCUCUCUUCUCUCUUUUUUUUUCUUCUUUUCUUCCUCCACAUUUGAAUGGCCACAGAAAUCAGAGGAGCGAGCAUUUGGGGGGAAAUAAAAGGCAGCCCUGUUUUUUUUUUUGUUUUUUUUUUAUUUUGAUGCGUCGUUACUGACAGCUAGCAUCCGCCGCUGCUAGCUCGCCUCUCCGCUGCUGGGUGGACGACGAUUUGCAUCAAAAGGGAGGUGGAAAUAAAACAAACGAGUUUGUGACCGUGGUUUCCCUCGCCGUUUCUCCGCAUCGUAGCAAAAGGACUAGCCUAAAGAAAGGGGAGGAGAGACGGUGGAAAAAGGACGCAUUCAAAUCAAAUGUUUAUCAGCCUUUCGUCCACCACCAGCCAACCCCCCCACCACCACCACCUCCCACUCCUCCUCCUCCUUCAUCAUGACUGAUUUUGGAUUUAACCUGCAUUCGAGGGGAUGAUAAAUGUGAAAGGCGAAGGAAAAGGAGAAAGACUGGCUUUUUUUUGUGGAGGUAGUUGGAUUAUAACCCCGUAGACCCCCCCCCCCUUUUUCAUCCAGCUUUCUCCUCCUCCUCCCCUCCAUUUCUCUUUCAAUAUGCUGUUUUCCACUCCUGAGGACUCGCUUAUGAAACCGGGGGAAAUAGCCUGAAAGCGAGAUCUGGAAAGACUGGAUUUUUUUCUCUCUCCCCCCCCCCCUUCCCUCCCCACUCCUCCCGUAAUCUGCGGUGCGACGUUCUCGUUGCUUUCGUCCCUCAUCGCAACACAUCGUAACCACAUAAAUGGAUAGAAAUUACCCGGGAACAGGAUUUGGUGAUUUGGGCGCAGGAGCAGGAUGGAGUUACGAGAGAUCGGCGAAAGCAAGUCUUGUGUAUGGGAGUUCCAGAUCAUCCCACCCUGAGUCUGAGCUCCUUCACAGACAAGCCUACGCCACCCCACACCCUCUGCAAGGCUAUGCCACCAAUCACCACCCAGGGAGCUCCGGCCAAGGCGGGGCUUGGGGAGCAGCUGGACGGAGUUUGGGCCUGUCAGGGCUCUUUGACACUGGCCUCCACCAUGCCAGCCCCUCCGCUCCCGAUGCCUCCGUCAUGAACCUGAUCUCAGCCCUGGAGUCUCGUGGCCCCCAGCCUCCACCCUCUGCUUCCUCCCUUCUCUCCCAGUUCCGCACGCCAUCCUGGCAGACAGCGAUGCACACACCUGCUCCCCCUGAACUAUUCAUCUCUGGGGCCCUUCCCGGCUCUGGCUCAUUCCCCUCCUCUUCAGCUCUCUCAGCCUAUCAGCAUCCAGCAUCCUUCUCCAGCCGCUCUUUCCCCACCGCCUCCCUUUCUCUCCAGGACACGCCCACAUUUAGUCCAACAUCCAAUGGCCUGCUGUCCCCACAUGACCCCUUGUUACAUAUCAAAGCCCCUUCCCAGUCCAGCCUGGGUUUUGAUAGGCUGCUGUCGUCGCAGGGAGCCGCAGCAGCUGCCUACAGGGGCAGCCAGGAUCCCAGCAGUGCCGCAUCCGCCCAGUCGUCCUCUGCCAGGCACCUGCAGUCGCACCAGUUCAACCUGCUGUCGUCACAGCUGCAGGACCAGUCGUCCCAGCUGUACAAUGCAUCAGUGUUUUCCUCGGCCCAGCCGCAGCCCCAGUCCCAGUCCAACUCGGCUCAGGAGCGCGCAGUUCCCCGGCAGGACAGUGUUAUCAAGCACUACCAGCGGCCCACGCCAGCUCAGUCACAGCUCUCGUCCUCUGCGGCCCACUCCCUUCAGCACUACCUCAGCUGCGGAGGGGCGGGGUACCAGCAGAUUGCCACCCACCACAGGCACGCCGGCCUUUCCUGCAGCCCGCUGGGCGACCAGAGCCCCUCGUCUGACCACAAGCCCAGCUCUCGCACCGAGCAGUAUCGGCCGAUCAUCCAGCCUCCCUAUUCGUCGUCGUCCUCCUCAUCGUCUUCUUCUUCAGCUGGGAAAGGUACAAAAAACAGCUCCAGCAGUGGCUAUUCUUCUGCCAGUUCAGCAUCAUCCUCGAGAACUCCCCACACGCCGCCAUCUGCUUCCUCUACCUCAUCGUCCUCCUCCUCUUCUUCUGCCACCUCCGGGGCUCAUCCUUCCAACUCAAUUCCCUCCUCCAGCUCCAGCGCAGCCACAUCCAGGCAGCAACCACCCCCGCAACCAGCCCCUCCUCCCCCAGCCCCACAGCAGCAGCAGCAGCAGCAGCAGCAGCCCCCGGCCUCCUCCACCUCGGCCCCUCAGGCGCUCCCCAAGUCCUGCCUCUCAGGCUACGGUUCUCCUGUUCCCCCAGGGAAGAACCCCACCUCUGCUCUCACUGGUCAGACCCCACCCCAACAACAGACACAGUCGUAUUCCCCCAACCAGCCCCCUCCUUCCCACCUGGCUCAGUCCUACGGAGGCUUCAAUUCACCACAAGCCCAAGACCUGAGCUCAGGUACAGGUGGGAAAGGCUAUGGGAGCUUGGGAGGGCGAAGCCAGUCAUACCCGACUGACAUAUAUGGCGCUGACUCUGCUUAUGGAUCGCUCCCGUCCUCUCUGGGUGGAGCUGGAAGCCCAUCGCUGGGCUACGGAGCCCCGGGUCACUCCCCUGCCCUCUUGAGGUCGAGUGGUUCAUCGGGCAGUGGCGCCUCUGGGGGAGGAAGCAGUAGCGGCACAGGAAGCGGGAACUCCGGUUCAGGAGGAGGCGGAGCCGGAAACGGCAUGACCAAUGAGAGAGGUGGAGGCGGAAGCGGUGGAGGGUCUUAUCAUAUCCCGGACUCGAGCCCCUCGCCAUCCGGCAACUCGGGCAUCAUCCGUCCAGGUUUGCACUCGCCGGUGCCCACCUGCCCCACGCAGUCUCCAGGGGGCGCGGCCUCGAACAAAUACAUUUCCUCGGUUCUCUCCCCCACCUUCCUGGCCUCCCCACAAGGCUACCCGGACACCAGAGGCCCCAGCUCCCAACCGCAGUCCUAUCAUUCCACCGCCUCCAAAGCGAAGGACACUUCCAUGCUCGGAGUGGGCUCUCAGCGAUCCCAAGAGGAAGUAGACGACGACGACGAGUUCUUAAUCCAGCACCUGCUGCAGGCCCAGGCGAGUCCCGCGCCCCACCACCCCCAACAACAAUCCCAACAGGCAUCCCAACAAACACAGCCUCAGCCCCAGGCAGGUCCCCCCACCACCGACUCCGGCAAAGGGCUGAGCUAUGACAUGGGUAAGGGCUCCGAGGAGAGGUACCAUCCCCAGAGUGUCAUACGCACCCAUAGUGCCACAUCCACUGGUAAUGCAGGCUCUGGAGGUUCCAUCUCAGGGCUGGAAAACCAGCUGGAGAUGUCACUAAAGAAGCAGCAGCAGCAACAACAACAGCAACAGCAGCAACAACAACACCAUCAUCAACAGCAGCAGCAACAACAACAACAACAACAGCAAAGGAACGAAAGGUCUGUUGGAAGCGGCAGGAACAGUGGGGGCAGAGGCAGCGCUGAACAAGUGCACUCUCAUCUCCAUCACCACGACAACCUCGGCUCGGUGGUCCACUAUGGGCGGGGUGACCCAUACAAUCAACACUCCCUUGCUCCCCAACACUCCUCGCACAGUCAGCACGUGUCCUCGCACCCGCAGAUCCCGCCGCACGCCCAAAUGGAUCUCCAGAAGAAGCCGCAGGAGCGCUCUGAGAUCCCGUAUCCUCGGAAAACACCGGAGGUCCAGCAGCAGCAGCAGCAGCAUUCCCAGUCGCAAGCGGCUGGCUCCCUCAUGGACUCUCCCACUGAUCAGUCCCGUCAGCCGCCACACCUGCUCCAGUCAGUGCUGUCCCACACCACCCGCAACAAACUGGAGCCUCAUCAACAGCACCACAAGAUGGACUCUCACCAACAACAACAACAACAUCAACAACAACAGCAGCAGCAGCACCACAAAAUGGACUCUCAUCGGCAGCACCAACAGCAUCACAAAAUGGACUCCCACCAACCACAUCAGCAACACCCGAAAAUGGACCCCCACCCUCAGCAUCAGCAGCACCACAAGAUGGACUCUCAUCCCCAGCAGCAGCAGCAGCACUCUAUUGGCCAACAACAAGGCGUGAUGGAAGGUGCCGGCGGCACACUUGGCUCGAGUAAACACCAGGCCCAGUCCCAGUCCCAAACCACGCAGCUGCAGCUUCAGCUGCAGUCGCAGGCCUUGGAGGUGGCCGCGGCUCACUACAACCACGGCGGCCAGCCCCAUCCGCACGAGCAGAGCCAGGUCAAGCAGGGCUCAGUGGCGUCUUCUUUGGACAUGCUGGAGCGCUCCCUGUCUCAGACCUCCGGCUCAGACGGAACCGGCGCGGAGGACCGGCGCGGUGGAGCGGGCGGCGUGGGAAGGGGUGGAGGAAGCAGCGAGCGCCACAGGCAGCAGCAGCAGCAGCAGCAGCAGGAGCAGCAGCAGAGGCAGCAUCCGUCCCACCAUCACACGCAGCAACACUCGGCCUCUGAGCUGCACUCCUUCCUCUCCGAGCCCGAUAUCGGCUUGUCCACCCCGCCUCACAUGCACCAUCUUUCACAGCACCACCCCCAGCAGCAGCAGCAGCAGCACCCAAGCACUCAGCACCAACAGACCCACUCCCACCACCCUCACCAGCAGCCCCCGCACCCCCACCACAUCCCCCCGCCGUCUGCCUCGGCCCACUCCCAGCCACAACCGGACCAACAGCAGCAGCAGCAGCCGCUGUCGACCCAGCUCCCCCCUCAGCAGAGCCAGCUGGACCGACAGCGCGCCGAGCAGCAGCAGCAGCAGCACCAGUUCGACACCGUCAGCCCGGUGGAGAAAGCGGACCAGAAUCAACAGAGCAACCGCUUUGUACCCCUAACGUCCAUCUGCUUCCCGGACUCCCUCCUGCAGGACGAGGACCGCUCCUUUUUCCCGGGAAUGGAAGACAUGUUCUGUGCAGAGGACUACAAGUCGAGCUGCGCUGGCGGUGCAGGGCCAGGACAGGAGGACAUGAACGAAAGGCACACUGGACCAGAGGGGAUGGAUUCCAUGAAGGGCGGACAGGGUGGAGGUGGAGCCGGGGGAAGCGGUGGAGCCAGCUACGACAUGAUGGGUCACCAUGGUGGCGAUCAAGGUUAUGAACCCUACUGUCAUGGCCUGCAAGAACCCAGCAACAGCACCAUGACCCUGGAUCUAGACUCCCUGAAAAGCCACGAGCUCCCUUCCACUGUGAACACCGAACAGCUGGGGCUGAUACAGUCCCAGGGCUCAGCGAUGGGGAUGGGCCCCAAUUCCGCCGGCCCCAACAACCCUGGAGCCAAGAUGUCCUCUGGGCCCGGGGGACCGAGCCAAGGAGCUGGUCCUGGAGGCCUCCAGUCUCCCAUUUUCUGCUCGUCUCGGCCCAAGAAGCUCCUCAAGUCCAGCUCUUUCCACCUGUUAAAGGAGCGCCGGGACCCCAACACGCUGCCCAAAAAGAGCUACGCUCAAGAAUACGAGUUCGAAGACGAUGAGGAUAAAGCCGACCAGCCGGCGGACAUCCGGUUGAACAGCCGGAGGCUCCCGGACCUUUUGCCGGACCUUGUGUCCAGCUGCAGAAAGGGGGGGGGAGGAGGAGGAGGAGGAGGAGGAGGAAGUGGCUCCCUCAGCCCUUUAAUGGGUGACAUCGACUUCUACCACUCGUCUGGGUUCUCCUCAAUGGGGUCCCACCCUCUUCUGCCUCAGGAUGGACCCAAGAAGCGGGGCCGAAAGCCCACUAGACCCAAGAGAGAGGGCCCCCCGAGGCCAAGAGGCAGGCCUCGCAUCCGCCCCAUGCCGGAGCCCUACACGCCACGAGGGAUGAUGGGAGAGAUGGGUGGGGCAACCGUAGGAGGGGGGUUCACGGUGGAGGGACGAGGUAGGGGCAGGGGCCGUGGAAGCCGAGGCAGGGGACAAAGGAGGGAGGACAUGUACAUGGAGAUGAGCGGGAAGGAGCCCGAUCAGAUGCACCAACAUCCCCUCCAGCAGCAGCAUCAGCAGCAUCACCAGCAGCAGCAGCAGCUCCAUCACCAGCCCCAACAGCAGCUACACGAGCCAAUUCCUCCCCUGAAGAUCAAGUUACCAAUUGGUACCCUGUCCUCCUCCGAUGCCUUGCUGAGGACGGACUCGUUGUCGGGGACGGACCCCGCUCUGUCGGACGGCUCGGUGGGCUCCGCUCCCUCACUCGGUUUAAGUCCCGGGCCCCCCUGCAGCGCCGAAAGCAACCGAAGUCAGGAAAAGAACAAGCAGAAGAUCCACAUGAUGAGUGAAGGGGUGGAUGACGAGGGGCUGGAGGACCGAGGCGAUGAAAAGGACUCUGAAUGCAAAGCCGGCUUCGUCGCUUCAUUCUUGGACUUCCUCAAGACGGGGAAGAGACCCCCAGGCCUGGACAUCUCUCCGGGAAUGGAAGCUGACAACGGAGACACCUCGCCCUGUAAAUCGGGAGGCCUGCGCCCGCUGUCUCCCGCGCAUCCUCCGCCGCCUCCGCCGCCGCCUCCGUUCGGGGACAGCGAAGGCAACGGGGGCCUGGCGCUGGGCAACUGCCCGAGCCCGAAGCGCUUGGAAGACGAGCUGAAGAGGAACCUGGAGACCCUGCCGUCGUUUUCCUCCGACGAGGAGGACUCCGUCGGAAAGAACCAGGACCUCCAGAAGAGCAUCUCCUCCGCCAUAUCCGCUUUGUACGACACGCCCCAGCUGACCUCCAACCUCCAGACCCCGCUGCCGCCGUCGCCUCCUCCGGCGCCUCAGUCCCCACUGACUCCUACGCUGCAGCCCCCCACGCUCAGCCCGCAGCCCACCAUGCACACGCCUCACCACCUGCCCGAGUCCAGCGAGCCCGACGUCCUCCAGCUAGAGGACGGAGACAUGGACGAGAGCAAGGAUGAGGUGAAUGAGGAGGACAAUACUAACAACAACAACAACCAGGAGGAGGAGGAGGAAGAGGAGGAGGAGGAAGAGGAGAGGAGCACAGGUGGGGAUGAGGAGAGCGAUUUGACCGAGGAAAGAGAGACACAGCUGGAAACCCUCGGUGCCCCUAAUCUUGAAGCGUCCCUCCCCGAGAUUCCUCUAGAGCCCGAGACUCCUGAACCCCCCUCUGUCCCCGCGUCUCUUGUCGCCGCCUCCUCCUCCUCCUCCUCCUCCUCCUCUUCCGCCUCUCCUUCUCACUCCCCCCUCCCUCCCCUCUCCCUCCCCUCACCCCUGCCCCUACCGGACGAACAACGGGAGAGCUCCCAGCCUCCCAGCCCCGUUGCCCCCGCGUGCCCGUCCCCGCCACGCCCCCAAGCGCCGGCCGCCCUCCUCCCGCCGCCGGCGUCCCCUCCUCCCGCGGCGGCGUCCCCUCCUCCCGCGGCGGCGUCCCCUCCUCCCCCGACGGCGUCCGAGGACCAGAAGGAGUCUCCCGUGCCGUCUCCGGAGUCCCCCGCCUCUCCCGAAGACCCGCCGGCUCCCAAGGUCAACUCCCUGCACCUGGCCCAGAAGCAGGGAGACGCCGCCAUUGCCGGAGAGAGCGAGGAGGACGAGAGCGAGAGCGGAGGCGAGGGCAUCUUCAGAGAGCGGGACGAGUUCGUAGUACGGGUCGAGGACAUUCGAACCCUCAAGCUGGCCCUGCAAACGGGCCGCGAGCCUCCGCCCAUAUGGAGGGUGCAGAAAGCGCUGCUGCAGAAGUUCAGCCCUGAGAUCAAAGAUGGGCAGAGGCAGUUCUGCGCCACAAGCAACUAUCUCGGCUACUUCGGCGACGCCAAGCGGCGGUACCAGCGCAUCUAUGUCAAGUUCCUGGAGAACGUCAACAAGAAGGACUACGUCCGAGUCUGCUCUCGGAGACCUUGGCGCAGAGCCCCACCUGCUCUCAGACGGCAGUCCCUCUCCCGAAUGGCGUCCCCUCCUGCCGCCCAGGCGCCACCCAAAGUGGAGAAAGAGGAGAGGGUGUCUCCCUCGGUGCAGCGUGACCAGAGGGAGAAAACCAGAACGGCAACCACGAAAGAACCGCGGGAGAAGAAGGAGGUUCCAGCCGCCCAGCCCAAAGCGAAGGAGAAGGAGAAGGAGCGGGAGCCCGAGAAGGAGAAGCGAGCGCAGCCGCAGACGGACAAAGCGGAGAAACGCGCCGCGGCGACGGAGCGGAGUAGAGCCAAGGAGGAGAAGAAGGCGGUGGAGAGGAAGGAGAAGGAGAAGGCCGAGCGCCCACCCAAGUCCAAGCCGGCCAAAGUGAAGGCGGAGCCGCCGCCGAAGAAGAGGAAGCGGUGGCUGAAGGAAAUCCCUUCAUCGUCUGACUCGGACUCCUCGGAGGAGGCCGCCAGUGAGAAUGAAAUGCCCGUCAAAGGAGGCGUGAACAACCGGGCCAUGAGGGAGAUGUUCAGGAGCUACGUGGAGAUGCUGGUCAGCACAGCGCUGGACCCCGACAUGAUCCAAGCGCUGGAGGACACCGACGAUGAGCUGUACCUCCCUCCUAUGAGGAAGAUUGACAGCAUCAUCAGCGAACAGAAGAGGAGGUUGUUGAGGAGAGUCGGCAUGAGCUCUCAGCACCAGGAGGUCCUUCACGCUUACCCGCAGAUCAUUGUAGACCCCCUGGACUCAGGAGUGGUCAGGGUGCGCCUAAGUGGGGACGCUUACAACCGAAAGACCCUCAACAGAGUCAAAAAGACCCUGCCUAAGCCACAGGACCUUAAACUGUCAGCUGAGACGUAUCGCAUCUACAGUCUCUUCCACUCCCUGCAUCACUAUAAAUACCACACCUUCUUACAGUGCAAGAAAGAGACGAACUCCAUCGAGCAGGCUGCAGAGGACCCGGGCCAGGAGGAAGUGGUGCAGCAGUGCAUGGCCAACCAGAGCUGGCUGGACGCCCUCUUCGGCUCCUGGAUCGAGCUGCUCACCCUCAGCACCAAAGUCUGAGUCGACCAGACAGACAGACAGACAGACAGACAGACAGACGGAGAGACAGCAUGGACUACAGCAAGGGGAUUUAGAAGGAAAAAAUAAAACUAAUAGAAGAUGCAAAGAGAUGGAUCCUACUGUACAGCCCCCCCCCCGACCCGCUUUGAAGGCUCUUAGGAGCUGAGGAUGGAUUUUUAAGGCUCUUGACGGACACUGGGAGCUCCAUCCACGUGACCUCGGACACUGGCCUCUGCUCUUUAUCUUGUUGCUGAUCACUGACUAAAGAAAUGUCUUACUUUGGGAAAGGGCGGGGGGACCCUACAGGAGCAGGGGUCACUGGCAGGGUGGAGAGGAGGAGGAGGAGGAGGAGGAGGAGGAGGGGGGGGUGACAGGACAAAGACGAGCAGCCCUAAACGCCAAGUCAACGGAGGAGCCACUGACAUCUUGUGAACUCUGUGUCAUGAGGAAAAUAGUUCAAAAGAGAAGCUAUUUCCACUUAGUUUUUACAUAAAUUAUUUUUUUGAAGACUAACAUCAGCUGUGGGCUUUUGAACGGAGUGGAAGAGGGUGAGAAUGCUUUUUAAACCGCGUGGAGAGCGUGCCGUGAACACUGACUCGUCCACGGAUAGAAACACGAAGCGUGUUUAAUAGACUCCCUCUCAUCGCGUGAAGGGCAGCACCUGCCAGCUGUGUGGUAAUAUAUGAACACAUUUUUAUUAUUUAUAUGGGGAGGUUUUUAACUUAAAACUCUCACAAGCGCCCGGGUUGCUGCCCUGACAUUUUAAAACCCUUUUUGAUUUCCCACAGGAUCAGAACACGGUCGUUACCGCCUUCCCCUCUAUUCAAAAGAACGGACGGCGAGACUCAAAUGUUGUAUCAAAUACAGUGCGUGUAAAGUAACGAGCAAAAAAAAAACAAAAAAGAAGAAGAAGAGUGGGGAACGUCUAUUUGAAACUUAACAUUGUCGUGCUUCAGUUCAAUCAUCCGUCAUGCAGGUGCAAAGAAAAAGAAGUAAACUUUCCAUUUCCCAUGUGGGAAGGAGUAUAAAUACGUAAUAUUUAAAGAGGAAAUAGUCAUUUCAUUUUUAUCAUUUUGAUGUUUGUGCAUACUAUGACUUAUUUUGACUUAUUUUCAAAACAAUCUAAUUUUCCAUAAAAAAAAAGGAAAAAAAGGCUUGUAAAUAUUGUACAGUUCUUGAUGAAAUUCUUUGUCCUUCUGUACAUUAACUCUCCUGUAUUUGAGAAACAAAUAAAAUCUGCAAAGAACAAA